UUCUAACGGGAUUCCUAGGGUGACUGUAAAUAGUAAUAAAGAAACAUAUAAAAUAGUGCAAAGAUAAAUCAAGUUUGGUUGUCUCUCGUUUUCUCUUUUUCCCAUAAGAGAUAAAGCAGCUGCAAUUCUGGGAUGGCGGAGUCUAGUGUGCUACCUCUCCAAGGUGAGUCCUUAUUGAUAACACUACUGUUAAUGUUCUUGCUUAUUGUAAGUAGCAGCGGUGAAAAAGAGUGCUCGGAAUUGCCUAAUUGUGGGUCUAAAGAACCGCCUAUUAGAUUUCCCUUCCAACUCGUCCAGGGGAUGAAAGAUGCAUGUGAUUCUCCUGGUUUGUGUGUAUAUUGUAGUGAAAAUAAGGAGACCAUGCUUCUUCACCCUACAGUAAAACUCCGUGUCACAGAUAUACACUACAAAUUUCAGAUUAUUUACUUGAACGAUUCAGAAAAUUGCCUUCCGAAGAAGUUUCUAAACCUCAACAAUUUUACGAUUCCUCCUUACCAACUUGGUUCAUCAUAUGAACCACAAACAAACUACUUGAAUUUCUUCGAUUGUUCUUCACUUGGACUUCCACACCUCAGAAACAGAGACCAGACAUACUCGAGUUCGCAAGACAUGAUUCGUUGUCCGACUUACGUUUCUAACUCUGACGAAAGUGUCCUUGAAUUGGACCUAACAUCUUGUUCCAAGAUGUUCAACAUCAUUUCGCAGGCCUCGGCAUCUGACCUGCGGAGGAAUUGGUUGAAUUUGAGAUGGUCCGAACCAAACUGUGGUGAGUGCGAAGCAAAAGGCAAUAGAUGUAAAUGGAAGACGAACAGCACAACGGAAAUCGAAUGUGUAGACUGCAGUCCCAAACGACACAUUCACAUUCACAAAUAUUCUAUUUUCACUGCUACAGGUUCUAUUGUUUUGGGGCUGGUGGUUAUUGCAGUGUUUAAGAUGGUGCACCAUUUUAAAAAGAAAGAAGAAGACCAAGCUAGAGUGGAUAAGUUUCUAGAGGAUUACAGAGCAGACAAGCCUGCAAGAUUUACCUAUGCUGAUGUAAAAAGAAUCACUGGUGGUUUCAAAGAAAAGUUAGGGGAAGGAGCUCAUGGAGCUGUGUUUAGAGGAAAACUUUCAAAUGAGAUUCUCGUGGCUGUGAAGAUCCUCAAUAAUACGGAGGGAGAUGGGAACGAUUUCAUCAAUGAAGUUGGAAUUAUGGGAAAAAUUCACCACAUCAACGUGGUUCGUUUGCUUGGUUUUUGUGCUGAGGGACUCCAUCGGGCUCUUGUCUACAAUUUGUUUCCAAACGGUUCGCUACAGAGUUUCAUAUUUCCACCGGAUGACAAGGACCAUUUUCUUGGCUGGGAGAAGCUGCAACACAUUGCUCAUGGCAUUGCUAAAGGGAUUGAGUAUCUUCAUCAAGGUUGUGAUCGUCCCAUUAUUCACUUUGACAUCAACCCUCACAAUGUGUUACUCGAUGAAAACUUCAUCCCGAAAAUUUCUGACUUUGGCUUAGCCAAAUUGUGUUCAAAGAAUCCUAGUUUGGUGUCCAUGACAGCUGCAAGGGGAACCUUGGGAUACAUUGCACCAGAAGUUUUCUCCAGAAACUUUGGAAAUGUGUCUUAUAAAUCCGAUAUCUACAGUUAUGGAAUGUUAUUGUUGGAAAUGGUUGGAGGAAGGAAGAAUGUUGACAUAUCUUCAGCACAAAAUUUUAAUGUUCUGUACCCGGAUUGGAUCCAUAACCUGGUUGAUGGAGAUAUCCAUAUCCAUGUUGAGGAUGAAGGUGAAGUUAAAAUUGCAAAGAAACUGGCAAUUGUUGGACUUUGGUGCAUUCAGUGGCAGCCAGUGAACAGACCAUCCAUAAAAUCUGUCAUACAAAUGUUAGAAAGUGCAGAGGAAAACCAGUUAACUGUUCCUCCUAACCCAUUUCACUCAACGUCCUCCACUUCUACUGGUAGACUCAUUUCAACAAGACGUCCUAUGGAGUUGGAUGUGAUUCAAGAAUGAGGGAAUAACAACUUUUACCCUCACUAUUUUAUUGAUGUAUGCGUAGUGGUAGAAAAUAGUAUAUUAAUUUGUAAAAAAGAAAAUCCACAUGUAAUAUCAUUACAUUCAAACUAGUGUUUAAAUGCAUUUUCUUUUCUUUUCACAAUAAAAAAAUUGUUGGGUUUGAAUUAACUCAAUAUAAAGGUUAUUCUAUAUAAAGUAAGACCAACUAAAAAUAUUUAAUCAAACCCAUUUUUACUGACAAAUACAAUUUAUGCAAUUGUCAGAUUUUUAAUUUUAUUUAUUUAUUGUAGGACUACUCUCAAUAAUUUUCGUAAUAUUGAUCAAAUUUACAAAUUAAGUAUGUUUAUAAGUAAAGUAUGUAUAGCAACUCUUGAUCCUAAUUAGGCAGAUGUUAAUUAAAAGCUCAAUCUAAAAUUUAUAAAUACAUAUUUAAGGUAAGAAGGUAAGUCAUUAAAUUUAUUGUAAGAAUUAACUUUGUUUAUUGAACAAUCAUCUGUUGACGCAGCAAAGGAAGAUUCUAGCUACUCAAGGAACAUUAAGCAUCCUUUGUUGGUCACUGAGCAUGAACUACUUUGGUUGGGCGAGCUAAAUCUUGUGUUGGGCGACCAUGCUUGCUUCAUCUCCUUUAUUCCAAGUGGAAAUUGCAUGUAUUCUUCCCUUCUUGGUAGCAUUCUUCCACCUGAUUGAUCGUUCCUUUGUCAAAUUCCUAAUAGGAGAUUCAAUGGUUGGCC